AUGGCGGCCCCAGUCGUUGCCAACGAUGCGAUCGGCCGUGUCUUUUCUGAUUUGAAAAACAGCAAGACCGAAGAGGCUCGUCAAAAAGCGGCCGACGACCUUCGAGGCAUAUUGGUUGUCAGCCAGCGAGAAAUGCCUCCCGAGGCUUACACGAGAUUCAAUAACGAUAUAAAUAAACGAAUAUUCGAAAUGAUCCACAGCAACGAGACUGCAGACAAGAUCGCAGGGAUCAUGGUGCUAGAUCGGCUAAUAGAUUUCGAGGGUGAUGAUUCAAUGCAGAAGACAACUAGAUUCGCCCACUACCUUAGGAGUGUCAUUAGAGGUAAUGAUACUGCUGCUAUGGUUCUCGCUGCCAAGUCUUUAGGCCGACUAGCGACGCCGGGGGGGCCAUUAACAGCUGAGCUUGUUGAGAGCGAGACACGGCAAGCACUGGAGUGGCUGCAGAGCGAUCGACAGGAAAACCGUAGGUUUGCAGCUGUCCUGCUCUUGAAAGAUCUAGCCCGGAAUUCGCCUACCUUGUUUUAUACCUAUGUCCCUCAAAUCCUUGAGUUACUUUGGGUUGCACUCCGGGACUCGAAAGUCUUAAUUCGGGAAGCAGCCGCGGAAGCCCUGUGCGCUUGCCUUGAGAUUCUUUAUCAAAGAGAUAGCCAACUGCGGGCUCAAUGGUACAAUAAAAUCUUGGAAGAAGCCCAGCAUGGAUUGAAGAUUGGAACAAUAGAUUCUAUCCACGGCAGCCUUUUAACAUACCGGGAGCUUUUACUCAGGGCUGGAAUGUUCAUGCACGACCGCUACCGAGAUGUCUGUGAGCUUGUUCUUAGAUAUAAGGAUCAUCGCGACACGCUCAUUCGGAAGUCUGUCGUAACGUUAAUACCUAUCCUUGCAGCCUACAACCCUGAAGAGUUUGUCAGUUCUCACCUACACCGCUGUAUGAUGCACCUUCAAGCCCAACUCAAAAAGGAACGAGACCGAAGUGUGGCAUUCGUUGCUAUUGGGCAAGUCGCUAUAGCUGUGGGAAGCAGCAUGAACCCUUAUCUCGAAGCAGUACUUCAGUGUAUUAAAGAUGGACUAUCGAAUAAAAGGUACACCCCAUCCCAUUGCAACGUGAAUACAAAUGCUGACUUGCAAUUUUUGGAAAGUCGCCGAGUGCCUGUUGAACCGGCAUAUUUCCAAUGCAUCAGUAUGCUGGCAACAGCUGUUGGUCUAGCUCUGACCAAGCAUAUACAGGAGCUGCUAUCUCUAUUAUUUAACUGUCCGUUGAGCGAUUCUCUCACACAAGCUCUUGUCGAUCUCGCUCAUUACAUACCUCCACUGCUUCCCCAGAUUCAGGAAAAGUUACUCAACAUGUUGAGCAUUGUUCUCAGUGGCCGGCCGUUCAAGCCUUUGGGAAGCCCAGCGGAAUUACAAAGCGUCCAGCAACCUCUUAAAGAAACCCGCGAUGCACCUGGUGGCGAUAUAAAAGACCCUGAGAUUAUCCUGGCUUUGCAUACGCUCGGGAGCUUUGAUUUUACGGGACGCAUAUUGAAUGAAUUUGUCCGGGAUUGUGUGAUUAAAUAUGUCGAAGAUGAUAAUCCCGAGACUAGAAAAGCAGCUGCACUUACGUGUUGCCAGCUUUUCGUUCGAGACCCAAUAUGUUAUCAAACCAGUAGCAAUGCUAUCCAAGUAGUCGGCGAUGUGAUGGAGAAACUACUUACUGUCGGCAUCGCUGAUCCGGACGCGGAUAUACGAAGAACAGUCCUUGAUUCGCUUGAUGCUCGAUUCGACAGGCACUUAGCAAGAGCAGAAAAUGUCCGAACUCUGUUUUUGGCCUUGAACGACGAGGUUUUUGCAAUUCGCGAGUCCGCGAUCACAAUUAUUGGACGGCUAACGGCUCAUAACCCUGCUUAUGUGAUGCCCUCUCUGCGUAAAUCAUUGAUCCAACUUCUUACUGAACUCGAAUACUCAACUGUUGCGCGUAACAAAGAGGAAAGCGCAAAACUUUUAAGUCAUCUCGUCUCGGCCGCUCAAAAACUCAUUAAGCCAUAUGUCGAUCCUAUUGUUACUGUCCUUCUCCCCAAAGCAUCUGAUUCAAGUGCUGGUGUUGCCUCUAGUGUUCUUGGUGCUAUCGGGGAACUCUCAACCGUUGGCGGCGAGGAUAUGGUACCUUACAUACCACAACUUAUGCCGAUAAUCAUAGACACGCUACAAGACCAAGGCUCAUCCUCUAAAAGAGAAGCUGCCUUGAAAACGCUAGGGCAACUCGCUAGCAACUCGGGAUACGUUAUCGAGCCAUACAUGCAAUACCCCCAUCUACUAACAAUCCUAGUAAACAUUGUCAAAACGGAACAAACCGGCUACCUCAGGAAAGAGACAAUCAAGUUGAUGGGGAUAUUGGGUGCUAUAGACCCUUAUAAACACCAGCUUGUUGAACAAGGACCUGAGAAUCGCCCGGCAGAUCAGAGCAGCACUGUUACGGAUGUUUCUCUUAUCAUGACGGGGCUUACGCCGUCGAACGAAGAGUAUUAUCCAACUGUGGUUAUCAACUCUCUCAUGAACAUGCUCAAGGAUCAGUCGCUAAGCAAUCAACAUUCUGCAGUCGUGGAUGCUAUUAUGAAUAUAUUCAAGACGCUGGGAUUAAAAUGUGUACCUUUUCUUGGGCAAAUUAUCCCCGGCUUUAUUGGAGUCAUAAGAACUAGCCAACCUAGUAAGCUUGAAUCUUAUUUCAGCCAACUGAGUAUCCUUACUACUAUUGUGAAGCAACACAUCAGGACAUUUCUGCCUGAAAUUUUACAGCUUAUCCGAGAGCACUGGCAGUUGAAUACGAAUUUACAGGCCACUAUACUCCAACUUGUCGAGGCGAUUGCAAGAUCCCUUGAAGGCGAAUUCAAAGUUUACCUAGCUCAACUUUUACCGUUAAUGCUUCAGGUUUUAGAGGUAGAUAAUACAGCACGCAGAAUCCCCACGGAGAGGGUUCUGCAUGCCUUUUUGGUAUUUGGUGCUAACAGCGAAGAGUACAUGCAUCUGAUUCUUCCGGUCGUUGUUCGGCUUUUUGAAAAAUCAACCCAACCAGUCUCUGCGCGAAAGGCAGCCAUUGAAACCAUUGCCCGUCUUUCGAGAAAGGUGAACUUGUCUGACCAUGCAUCUCGCAUAAUCCACCCUCUCGCCCGUGUGCUCCAAAGUGGAACACACGAACUCCGGGUUGCUGCCUUGGAUACACUUUGUGCACUUGUUUUCCAAUUAGGACAAGAUUAUGCGCAUUUUAUCCCGAUGAUUAACAAAUGUUUGGUACAAACAAAAACCCAACAUUCUAAUUAUGAACUCCUUGUAUCGAAACUUUUGAAGGGGGAGUCUCUACCCCAGGACCUAAACCCCGAUGAAAUGUUUGGGGAGAAAUAUGAUGAGGUUCUAAUUCCAGACACGCAUUCAAAAAAGCAAACAGUGAAUCAACAGCAUUUAAAAAACGCAUGGGAAGCAUCUCAAAGGUCUACACGAGAGGACUGGCAGGAGUGGAUCCGAAGAUUCAGCGUCGAGCUUCUAAAAGAAUCUCCAUCCCAUGCUCUUCGCGCCUGUGCAGGUUUGGCUGGUGCAUAUUACCCUCUUGCUAAAGAUCUUUUCAAUGCUGCUUUUGUUUCGUGCUGGGUGGAACUUUAUGACCAGUAUCAGGAGGAACUAGUUCGAUCAAUUGAACUGGCCCUUACAUCUCCAAACAUCCCUCCAGAAAUUCUCCAAAUUUUACUUAAUUUAGCAGAAUUUAUGGAGCAUGACGACAAGGCGUUACCAAUCGAUAUCCGUACGUUGGGCAAGUAUGCCGCCAAGUGCCACGCCUUUGCAAAAGCGCUGCAUUAUAAAGAAACGGAAUUUUUGCAGGAGCCACAGACCAGCACAAUAGAAGCGUUGAUAAAGAUCAACAACCAACUUCAGCAGUCUGACGCCGCUAUUGGUAUUCUUCGCCGGGCACAACAGUACAAUGAUGUUCCCUUGAAGGAAUCUUGGUUCGAAAAGCUUCAACGCUGGGAGGAGGCCCUGAAAGCGUAUCAACUGCGGGAACUUGAUGAACCGAAUUCCUUUGAAGUUACGAUGGGCAAGAUGAAGUGUCUCCAUGCUUUAGGGGAAUGGGACCAAUUAUCACAGCUAGCGCAGGAAAAGUGGACGCACGCGACGCACGAGAUGCAACGAGCAAUAGCCCCCCUUGCCGCCGCCGCUGCAUGGGGCCUUGGCCAGUGGGAUAUUAUGGAUGAUUAUAUCGGUGUUAUGAAACAUUUAUCCCCUGAUAGAUCCUUCUUUGGUGCAAUUUUGGCUCUUCACCGGAACCAUUUUGAUGAAGCAGCAUUGCAUAUUGAGAGGGCCCGUGAAGGUUUGGAUUCGGAGCUCAGCGCUCUUGUUGGAGAGAGCUAUAGCCGAGCAUAUAGUGUCAUCGUAAGGGUGCAAAUGCUUGCUGAGUUGGAAGAAAUCAUUGUCUACAAACAGAGCUAUGAUCACCCCGAAAGACAAGAUACAAUGCGGCGAACAUGGAUGAAACGUUUGCAAGGUUGCCAGAGGAAUGUUGAGACAUGGCAAAGGAUGCUGAAAGUCAGAGCUCUGGUUAUAUCCCCUAGAGAAAACAUGGAUAUGUGGAUCAAAUUCGCCAAUUUGUGCAGGAAGUCCGGGAGGGUGGGUUUGGCGGAGAAGUCAUUGAAUUCUCUAUACGACAUUGAAGACGGUACUUUGCUCGCAUUGUCUGAUCCGCGAGUCCCCCCUAGUGUCACUUACGCUCGCCUGAAGUACUUGUGGUCGAUUGGAAGCCAGUCCGAAGCCCUCUCAAGUCUUGUGGAGUUUACAGACCGAAUCUCCAAGCAAAUCGGUCCAAGUAUCUCCGAUAUAUCUGGCCAGGGCCAGGGCCAGUCCCACUCUAACCUAGCGGUCAACCCUCCGGCUCUAUCAAGCCAAGCAAUCGAAGACCUUUCGGGGUUGCUUGCACGGUGCUACCUCAAACAAGGGGAGUGGUUGGUAGCUCUUAAUAAAAGUUGGUACCUAGGAAAUGUACAGGAGGUUUUGCGAUCAUACUGGCUAGCCACCCACUUCAACAAAGAUUGGUACAAAGCGUGGCAUGCAUGGGCGCUUGCUAAUUUUGAGGUGGUAACUAAUCGGGAACUGCGAGAUGUAACUUCUUCGCCCGAGAUGUUAACUAACCACGUAGUACCUGCUGUGCGUGGGUUUUUCAAAUCAAUCUCACUCUCCGCGGGGAGCUCGCUACAGGAUACCCUUCGCCUAUUGACUCUAUGGUUCGCUCAUGGAGGUCAUUCCCAGGUCAAUGCCGCUAUGACAGAAGGGUUCGGCGUUGUUAGCAUCGAUACUUGGCUUGCCGUUAUCCCGCAACUAAUUGCUCGUAUCAAUCAACCAGACCCCAUUGUCCGACGCUCUAUCCAUCAACUUCUUGGGGACGUUGGCCGCGCCCACCCACAGGCUCUCGUUUUCCCAUUAACUGUCGCAACGAAAUCGCAACAUUCAAGACGCCAGAAAUCAGCGUCUUCGUUAAUCGAGAAUGUCCGGACACACAGUUCUACACUUGUGGACCAGGCAGCAUUUGUCAGUCAGGAACUCAUCCGGGUCGCAGUUCUUUGGCACGAGCAGUGGCAUGAAGGCCUAGAAGAAGCGUCGAGGCUGUAUUUCGGGGACCAUAAUAUUGAGGCGAUGUUCGCGACUUUGGAGCCAUUGCAUGAGAUGCUUGAAAAGGGACCGGAAACAUUAAGAGAGAUAUCAUUUCACCAAGCCUUUGGCCGUGACCUUCACGAUGCUAGGGAUUGGUGUAACACGUUCAGGAGAACCGGUGAUGUUGGCGAUCUCAACCAAGCCUGGGAUCUGUAUUACCAACUACCCCAGUUGAAUUCUUUGGAUUUGCAAUACGUGUCGCCGCGACUUCUGAAUGCCAAGGACUUGGAACUCUCUGUCCCUGGUACCUAUCAAUCCGGGCGCCCAGUUAUCAAAAUUGUCAACUUUGAUUCAGUUUUCACCGUGAUAUCCUCUAAACAACGCCCACGGAAACUUUCUCUCAAAGGAAACGAUGGAACAAUGUAUCAAUAUGUUCUAAAAGGCCACGAGGAUCUACGGCAGGACGAGCGUGUCAUGCAACUUUUCGGGCUUGUAAACACCCUGCUUUCGGUAGAUUCUGAAUGCUUUAAACGGCAUCUCAACAUCCAACGAUACCCAAUUAUCCCACUUUCUCAAAACUCUGGCCUAAUGGGAUGGGUCCCGCAUAGCGACACCUUGCACGUGCUCAUUAGGGAGUACCGAGAAAGCCGUAAGAUCUUGCUAAACAUUGAACAUCGUAUUAUGUUGCAGAUGGCACCAGAUUACGAUAACCUCACUUUAAUGCAAAAGGUCGAGGUUUUCGGGUACGCUCUCGACAAUACAACUGGCCAGGACCUUUAUCGUGUUCUUUGGCUGAAAAGUAGAAGCUCCGAGGCUUGGCUCGAUCGGAGAACGAACUAUACCCGUUCCCUCGGGGUGAUGUCGAUGGUCGGCUAUAUUCUAGGACUAGGCGACAGGCAUCCCUCGAAUUUGAUGUUGGACCGUGUAACAGGGAAAGUCGUCCACAUAGAUUUUGGGGAUUGUUUCGAGGUGGCAAUGCAUAGGGAGAAAUAUCCCGAGAAGGUGCCUUUUCGAUUAACCAGGAUGCUCACGUACGCUAUGGAAGUGAGCAAUAUAGAAGGAAGUUUUAGAAUAACAUGCGAGGCUGUAAUGCGAGUUUUGAGGGAUAACAAGGAAUCCCUCAUGGCAGUCCUUGAAGCUUUCAUGCACGACCCAUUGAUGCAUUGGCGUCUUGGAAAUCGUGAAAGCCCUGUAGACUCAGGGAUGUCUGCUGAGCCAAGUCAAAUUCCGAUAGCGGAGCUUCCUACUCGAGCGACUAGAGGGAAGGCUGAGGCUAGCUCCGGGGCAAAUGGUUUCCAGCCAGAAACACAGGUUGGGCCUGAGGACCAAACACAGAACGCACGAGCACUAGCAGUUUUGAACCGCGUGAAGGACAAGCUGACAGGACACGACUUCCGACCAAAUGAUGAAUUGGCGGUUCCUGAUCAGGUGGACAAGUUGCUACAACAGGCAACUUCCCUCGAGGUUUGUUUUUCUAGUACUCAUCUCAUUGGAAGUGCUGAACUAAUUGCUGGUGGUCAGAACUUGUGCCAACUUGGUAAAUUCUGUGGGACUGGAAUAUAA